AUGCGCAGGGGGCGUGUGGCUCGGCCUGCUCUUCACGCGGUGUUUCCGCCCUUCAAUCGGUGUUUUCCUUUGUAGGAGUCCAGUGUGAAAUCGCUGCAAAAGCAGGGAUGAUUAUACAAAGAGUAGUGCUGAACUCACGCCCCGGUAAGAAUGGAGUGCCAGUGGCUGAAAACUUCAGACUGGAGCAAAGUACAAUACCAGACACAGUGCAAGAGGGACAAGUACGUGUUAGAACCCUGUAUCUCUCUGUGGAUCCAUACAUGCGCUGCCGAAUGAAUGAAGAUACGGGUUCAGAUUACCUCCUGCCUUGGCAGCUGUCUGAAGUUGCCGAUGGUGGGGGCAUUGGGGUUGUGGAGGAGAGCAAGCAUAAUAACUUUGCUAAAGGAGACAUCGUCACUUCCUUCAAUUGGCCCUGGCAGACAGUGGCCAUUCUGGAUGGAAGCUUGCUACAAAAGGUUGUUCCUCAACUUGUGAAUGGACGCCUUUCCUACUUUCUUGGUGCAGCUGGAUUGACAGGACUGACAGCCUUGCUAGGUAUAAGAGAGAAAGGCCAUGUGGCUGCGGGUGCCAAUCAGACCAUGGUGGUGAGUGGAGCAGCCGGUGCCUGCGGUUCUCUGGCUGGCCAGAUUGGCCAUCUGGAGGGAUGCUCUAGAGUAGUGGGUAUUGCUGGCACAGACGAAAAGUGCUCCAUUUUGGUCUCAGAAAUGGGGUUUGAUGGUGCUAUCAAUUACAAGAAAGGGAAUGUGGCACAGCAGCUCCGUGAACUCUGCCCAGGUGGUGUGGAUGUUUACUUCGACAAUGUUGGUGGAGACAUCAGUGAUACAGUUAUAAGCCAGAUGAAUCAGAACAGCCAUAUCAUCCUGUGUGGACAGAUUUCUCAGUAUAACAAAGAUGUGCCUUAUCCUCCUCCAUUGCCUCCUGAAACAGAAAAAAUACAGAAAGAAAGAAACAUUACAAGAGAAAGAUUCUUGGUGUUGAACUACAUGGACAAACAAGAAGCUAGCGUAAUACAGCUUUGUCAGUGGAUCCAAGAAGGCAAACUGAAGGUCAGAGAGACGGUGGUAGAAGGCUUAGCAAAUAUCGGUGCUGCUUUCCAGUCCAUGAUGAGCGGAGGCAAUAUUGGAAAACAGAUCGUCUUAGUUUCUAAGUAAAAGUCAUUGCUUGGGGAAAAGUAACUUGAUUCUAUAAAAAUUCCAUAGGAAUAAGCAAAUUUUACUUAUAGUAAUAUCCACUUUAAAUAAGCUAUUAAGUUGUUCAGUAUAUACUGAAAGAAGGCAUUCUAGGAUGCUAGGGCAGAACCGAUGCUAAUAAACUGAACAGAAAUGAAAACAGGAAUGCAGUAAUUUAUACUAAAAAUGGUAAAAUAUUUGACGUGAUUUGACAGCUGCCAAUUAGCACACUAGCAAAUAAUUCAUGGGUAUGGUUUGAAAGUUAGAUCAGCUCAGGAACAAUUUCCAAUAAGCAAUUUGUAUGCAGCCACCUGGUUUGGGAUGUUGGAAGCAUUUACUUAUGUACAUGUGUGUUAUUCCUAUGCUGAUUUGUCUCAGAGCCCAGGAACUUCUCUAGGAAUUUUUCAUUUACCACUACAAGCUUAGCUUGACAGUCCAAUCAAUCUGCCUAUCAUCUUAAAACUGUAAGUGUUCAAACCUUUUUUUCGGAUAAGAGCAAUCAAAAAAUCCAUUUCUACAACUAAAGUUCAAUAAUAUCAAAGAAACUUGUAUUUUGCCAUCUGGAACAAGCUUCCACUGAUUGCAUUUCCCAUUUCUCUGUAUUGUAUCAUUAUAUACCCUACUUUCAGGGUACCUUCAACCUAGUUCAUUUAGAAUUCCAUUUGCAUGCCACCUGAGACUUUCAUCAGAGGAAGGUCCAGCUAUAAGGGCUAGCUUGUUUUGGUGUAACAGCGCUCUUUUACCAUUUUGGAAGCUUGAAAAGUGAGCCAGCAUUUCAAAGUCUGACUAAUAUAACCUCAAGCCAUGUGAGACUGAUGCAAUUUAAAUGCGUCUUCAAAAUAGAACAGCUGCAAAGAGAACAGGUAAUUACCUUAAAGUCAUUAGAAUUCCAUCAUUAUGUACAUCUAGAACCAUUGACACAUUUGUUUAGUGAUUAGGAUAAUUUAUGACAUUCUAACUUAUAAUCUAUUGGUUUUAAAUAUUUGCCUUUAAGAGGAGUGCUUCCACGCAGUAGGGUAGGCUGAAAAUAGAUCCUCUAGAUCCAUCUAGGCUUGAACUAAAUGGAAUCCAAGAACUAGGAGUGAAACACUAUUCAUGAAAUCCGGCAUUUAAAUCUUCUUGCACACUGUAGAAAGAGAACAGAUAUCAGAACCACCUAAUGUCAUUGUGAGUGAUGCGAAAAACAGUCCCUUGAUUUCAUACUACUGAAGCUGACCCUGAAAGGAAGCAUACAGUGACUAAUGCUGCAGGCUUUGAAGAGAAUGACACCUGCAUUAUAGGAUUACAUUCAAAUCCAGCUAAAUUCUCAAUCCAAUAUCAACAUCACUAACUCACUAGUAACAACAUCAUGCUGGGAGGGAUGUCAAAAUUGUUGUGGAAUAAAAAUCAGUAUCAUUGUAACUGGCAAAUGGAGAUGGAAAGUAUCAGAUGAAAGAAAUUCCAUGAAUUCUUGCUUAUUGACUGUUUAUAGAUGAUACUCAUUCUGAAAUGCCCAAAUUUCAGCACUUAAAGACUUGAUAAUCUGUACUCAGAUGAGAGAGAGAGAGGAGGGAGCUAAUGGGAAUACAGCCUUUCCAAACAGAACCAGAUACUCUACUGAGUGUGGUGGUAUGUUGAAUCAUGUGGUUUAAUUAUUGCCUUUCCUUUUCUUCUCCCACAUGCACCCACUCUAGAUUGAAACAGCAUCAGCCUGGAGGCUGUUAUGCAAUGCAUGCCCUUUUCUGCAGUAAAACUUCCACCAGGCAGUAGGUUGGCCCUAAUGCACUGUAACAAUCUUCCUGAAUCGACUUCUUCCUCCUCAAGUCCAGUUCAAUCCUAAAAUUCAUCUCCAAAUGUAAAAAAAAAAAAACAACAAAAAACCAAACAGCCCAGUUCUUCACACAAAUUAAAACAUUCUCUUGCUUACAUUUCCCUAUAUUUGGCUUCCUCCAAUUUACCACUUUUAUCUAGUUUCAGCAAUAUUUUGAGAAAAAAAAUGCCUUAAGAUCUUGAAACUGAAGACCCUUUUGCUUUAAUCCAAAGCAUUCUGGUUACUUAACAUGUGUAUGUUCCAGAAGAGAUUUCAUCCACAACCUGUGGUAAGUUUGCAUUGCAAGAACAUAAGGAAAGUAGCAUAACAAUAAUCACUGCUGAAAAUGUGUUAAAACAUUUUCACAUGUUAUGGGUGAAGGCAACCUACUUAUACUUCCAGAGUUGCAUUUGCUCGUCCAAAGUACAAAUGUUGGACUUCUGAACACUGUUUGCUAAAGACCUACUCUAGAGUGAGCACAUAUGAGUGAGGACAAUGAGCUGACACACCUUCCAGGAAGGGCAGCUCGAGAAUCUUAAUUUUCACAACUGAAAAUAUGAUUAAAUUUUAAAAAUUCCCAACACUGUGAUUUUUACAGCAAUUGCUUAGUAAUCCAUGUGCACUGUAAGCCUAUUAAAGUCUGAUGAUGAGAAAGGUGACCUAGAGUGAGGUCAUGCUGAGAAAUAAAUUCCUUACUGUAAUAAAGGCAACUUGAUUGCUGCAGCAUUCCAGCAGAUGAGGUAACUAAUGGAGAGGAAUAUUCUGUCAGCACAAGUCAGAUGACUACAGGUGAAAAAAGUUGCAGACUUCAUCAUAGUGCUCUCAACAUCCAGGAAACUUCUCUAUAUUUGUGAAACCUGGCUUAAUGUUUUCUCCUCAGAAUAAAUAAAAAUCAAAGGAAGAAAAUCUUUUAAACAAAGUGCCUAUACUUGUAAAUAAAAUAUAUAUA